GGCCCGGAAAUUUGGCCCAGGACUCCUGCCUGCCCCCAUUCCAGGUCCCAGGGGUCACAGCCACAGCAAGUGACUCUCAGACUUCCCUUGCAGCAGGGGCAUUUACCAGCAAGGCAUGAGUUGUAGGCUGUCCAGAGGAUACCAGCCCUCCCUCCGUCCCAGGGCAGGGGCCUUCAGUGACCAUAUGUGCUCUUCUGAAAAGCGGAGAGAGGGCUUCCUUCUAGAGCCCUGUCUCCUUUCUGGACUAGCCAAUGCCCCUGUCUGGAGCUUCCUCAUGCAUUUUCCACCCUCCUAAGUCCUCAAAGAAGAGGGCGGACAAGAACCCACUCCUUGGUUACUUGCAGCUAGGGAGGGCCAGUGCAGGGGUGUGAGGGCGCAGAGCAGCACUGACAGGGUCCAGACAUGCAAGCUGUGACUCUAAAGCCAUCCCACCAUGGACCAAGUGGCCUUAUAGGUUGUGGCCCUCCUGUCCCUGGAGGUUUGUUAAUGGAGGCUGGGCUGUCACUCAUUCAGGGGAAAAAGGGAUCGGAAUAGAGUGGAAGGUUGGACUGGGUGGCCCCUGAGGUCCCUUCCAGCGCUCAGUCUGAGGUUCUGUGUUGGAAAGCGCACGGAGACCAUGGUGCCACCACCCUCCUCGCCAGUCCAUCCCCCACCGAGAGCUCGCCGACUGUCCCGCCCCUGCCGGGCCUCCCGCCUGCCCUACGGCACAUGCCGCCCCCCGGCUUGGCCUCCCCACCAUCCCGCCCAGCAAGGUGCCGAGCCCGAAGCCGAGUAUCCCAGCCAGCCCGCCGGUCACCAGGAGCCAGCUGCCGUCCACCGCGGGAUCAACCUGCUGUCACGCGGAGCACAAAGAACCACGCGCCUUCACCAUGCCUUCCGCCAGCCCCCCAAAGUGUGUUGUACCCCGAUGUGGACUUGUCUGCCCACCACCACGGUCCAAGCCUCCGCCCCUGCCGCCACAGCGCCUGCCAGCCAUCCUGCCAGUCUCCAGGAGUCUCCUGCCCGCCUCCAAAGGGCCAACAGCCAGCCCCACCGGGCGCGAGGGCCAGCGCGAUCCCGCAGCCGCUCCCUCCGGGGCUUACCCCAAGUAACCCAGUGGCUCAACAACUUCUUCGCCCUUCCUUUCUCCUCUCUGACUCCCCAGCUCGAUGCCUCUCUCAGCCGGGGUGUAGGGAGAGGCACAACCCCAACUCUUGGGGCAGGAAUCUCCCCUGGGGAUUCUGGCAGAGCUCCCAGGGAGAAACCCCCAGUCCAGCUGCCACUGGAAGUCCCUCCAAACGCACUCCCAGCGCCGCACGCCCCGCAGAGGCCUCCCACCAGCUCAGGCUCCCCGAGACAAGCCUCUGAGAGCCCCAGCUGCCUCCCUCCUCUACAGCCCCAACCCGGCUCACACACUGAACCCUGAGCCUGGUCACCUUCCUAGGCCAGCACCCGCUCCCUGCUCCCCAAGCCCCCUCCGUCCUGCUGCCCAGCCCAGCCCAGCUCGCACACCUGAAGGCCCUGCACACAGUAGGCGUCCAGUCCAUCUGGUCAGGGAGUGAGCCAGGCGAUGAACGGCAUCGUGGAACUCUGGGCAGAGAGACUGAGAUCCUCCCCAGCCAGGAGGGCGUGGCUGAGACUCAGGCCAUCGUUCCUCACAUCCUCGGGCCUCUUUGCCCAAGAAAAGGAAGCUUCUCUCAUGCUUUGCACCUCCCACUGCCUCCGUCCCGACCCCAUGCCUUUCCACUGGGUCUCUGCCAGGAUGUAAGCCGACGAGGGCAGGGCCUGUGUCGACCCCAGGCCCUGGCAGUUGUGGGCUGCUCAAUAAACACUUGUUGAACGAUC